AUGGCAGCAGCGCCGCCGCCACUCCCGGAGGAGAUCCUCCUCCGCCUCCCGCCCGACGACCCGGCCUGCCUCCUCCGCGCCUCCCUCGUCUGCAAGGCCUGGGGCUGCGCCGUCUCCCUCCCCCACUUCCGCCGCCGCCUCCACGAGCUCCACCGGGCACCCCCCGUGCUCGGCUUCCUCCACGGCUGCGACGACGACCGCGUCCCCCACUUCACCCCCACCACCGCGUCGUCCUUCUCCCUCGCCGCUCCGGACUCCCGCUCCUGGCGGGCCCUCGACUGCCGCCACGGCCGCGCCCUCUUCCUCUCCAAGGGUGACGCACAGGAACUCCUCCUGUGGGAGCCAACCACGGGCGCCCAGCAGCGCGUGCCGGUGCCCUUCGCGUACGAUGACAUCCGCCGGGACGAGGAGCUGACAGUGUACGCCACCGCGGCCGUGUUCUGCGCAGCCGACGGGUGUGACCACCGGGACUGCUUCAGAGGCCCUUUCGGCGUGUUAUUCGUCUUCUGCGUCGAGCAAGACGGUGACGGUGACAACGGGGUGUGUGUCACGUUGACGCUCCUAUACUCGUCGGAAACCGACUGCUGGGAUGAGCUGCGCUGGAUUUUCCAUGACUUGCCCAUGUGUUUUACAUUUUCUUCCAGCGUGCUUGUUGGGAGGUCUCUGCUCUACUUCAUGUCUGAUGAUGGGUUCAUCCUAGAGUAUGAUUUGGCACGGCAUCGCCUGGCCAUUUUGGACCCACCGAACUAUGAGUCGAUCUAUGAUGCCCGAUAUAACAUCAUGCUGGCGGAGGACGGUGGACUGGGAGUUAGCGAAGAGAUGAAUCCGCAUCUCAAAUUGUGGACAAGGGUGAUUGAAGGCGCCGAUGACCGAUGGGUACUGAGCCGGGUCAUUUACUUGCAAAAUUUGCUCCCAGAUGGUGCCCUCAUGGAGCCAGCAAGUUCAUUGUAUGUGUUGGGCUUUGCUGAGGGAGCAAAUGUCAUUUUCAUGACCACGGUUGCUGGCCUCUUCACGAUUGAACUACAAUCAGAGCGGGUGAGGAGGGUGUGUGAUGAUCAUGGCUUAUGUAAUUUGAUUCCAAUUGUUAGCUUCUACACUCCUGUGCCCCGAGGUGAGCAAAAGGAUCCAUCGUUUGGACCCAGUGAGGGUGUGGGUGAUCAGGAGGGAGGAGGGGAGGAGGAGAAGAACACAGUAGGUCAGGCACAUCAGUUGUUUGACAAUGGGUCCAACAUUAUCAAGGAGGGGGGCUUUGUGGGCGCCUUCGGUUACACCAGCCAUGACCUCGAGAAUAGUCUUCCACCAAAUGAAGAAGUUGCUUCAGAAUGUACCAGCAUGGUCUAUGGACAUGGAUGCGACUUGCCAUAUGAAGCUCAAGAGCUGACUGGUCCUUAG